AUGUCUUGUAAGUGCAGCCCACCUUCCUCGCGGGAUCCAUCUGACUUGGAAGUGCCGCCGGACGUCCGCGAGAAGUACAUCACCAUCAUCGACUCGAUCCUUGACGGCGCCGACCUCACGACCAUCACACGCAAAGACAUUCUGAAGGGAAUUCAGGACAAGGUCGAAUAUGACAUUACUCCGCAAAAGGCCCCCAUCAAGGUCUUGAUCAAUGAGCGAUUUGAUGUCAUCACCACCAAGGAAAAUGGCGAUACUACUGUCGUCCCCUCAGUCGAGUCCGUGGAGCCUUCCCCAAAAACGAACGGCGUUCACAUAGAGUCUGCUUCUGCAUCGCCCGCGAAACGCGAGGCAAAGAGUGAAAGCCAUUCAACCGUCCUGGACUCUCCUCCACCAAAGAAGAAACGCAAAACAAGCCUUGACGCCGAUGCAGCUUAUGCGGCUCGUCUGCAAGCGGAGGAAGAUGCACGAGCCCGUCCCACCAGAGGGGGCGCCAGCCGAAAGGCAGCACCAGUGAAGAAAAAGAAGAAGAAGGCGAAGAAGGAACGGGUGACUGGCUCGGACGACUCCGAUCUCGAGGACGGGGAGAAUCCAAAGCCCAAGCGGAAUACCGGAUUUCAUAAACCUCUAAAUCUGUCUUCGGCUCUUUCAAGUCUGCUCGAUGGCGAAACCCAACUUUCACGUCCCGAAACCACCAAACGGCUAUGGGCCUACAUCAAGGCAAAUGACCUUCAAGACCCGAACGACAAGAGAUUCAUCAUCUGCGAUGCCAAAAUGAGAGAAGUCUUCAGACAAGACAAAGUGCAUAUGUUUACCAUGACAAAACUCGUCUCUCAACAAAUGUAUAACCCUGACGAAUGA